AUGCGCCGGUUCAACUUGGCACUCCUGGCUGUGAUCCAGCUUGCCAGAGCUCGCUCUCCGAGCUUUAGCAUCCACGAGGAUCUGUUGACGUAUCCUCAGUUUGAGGUCAUCUUUGCCGACGAUUACAUCUCCGAGAAGGACGCCAAUUCCCUGCUGGAGCAGCGUGUCCAGCAUUCCACCUACUCGGCUGACUUUGCGCAAUCUACCCUCCAGCAGGUCCGAGAGGCCAACGAGCGCGACAAUGACCAGACCAACGAAGGCGAAACAGGCCCGUCGCAUACAUACGAGCUGAUGAAGCUUCCUCCCCACCAAUACCUAUGUUCCAUCCCCGUCAUACAACCCCCGGCACCUGAGAACAAGACCGCCAACGAGCUCGCCAAGGCCGAGGAGGCGCGCGAGCUUAGUCGUGCGACUGCGAGUGGGUGGGAGCUUCUGGGACAAUUAGAGAAUUCAUGCCUCUACUUUAUGUCAGGAUGGUGGAGCUACAGCUUCUGCAAUAACCGAGAGAUUGUUCAGUUCCACGCACUUCCUUCCAUACCCAACGGACAGCCUCCCAAGCGCGACCCGAACACAGCUCAGUUUGUCCUGGGACGGACACCUGCGAUCCCUCACAAUGCUGCGUACCAGGCUAAGAAGAAUGGCCAGGAGGAGCCGGCUCCAGCAGAGCUGCAGGCCAAGGGCGACCAGCGAUACCUGAUUCAGCGCCUGGAGGGAGGAACCAUAUGCGAUUUGACAGGACGGGAGCGUACCAUCGAAGUCCAGUAUCACUGUGUACCGGGCAUGAAGAGCGAUCGAAUCGGCUGGAUCAAGGAGGUGACAAUUUGCGCGUACCUCAUGGUGGUGAACACGCCGCGGCUUUGCAACGAUGUCGCUUUCUUGCCCCCCGAGGAGACGAGAGCGAACCCCAUUACGUGUAAACUCAUCGUUGGAGAGAACGACACUCCUCCUUUGCUGGACCAAACCGCCCCCGCCGAGGCAUCCAUCGCUCAGGAAGCGAAGCAGAAAGAAGGUUCAACCGUCCAAGACGAGCCUCCCGCGAAGGAGCAGGUCAACAUAGGUGGCGUUAUUGUCGGCGCACGGAAUGUCCUGUCUUUUGCCGACGAAGCUGGGAAGCCGCCUGCGAAGCUUGCUCCUCCUCAGAGCUACUUUGCCAACACGGAUACGGACGCCGAGCGCUUUAUCGAAGUGGUAGCCUCUGGAAAGUCUGCGGAGGAAGGUGGCGAGUCUAAGGUUCUCGGCAACCCGGAGCUUGAGAGGCUGGACCUGCAGCCCAGCGUGGUGAAGGACAUGGCAGAGAGGAUGAAGAAGAUGGCAGGAAAGCACGGCUGGAAGCUGGAGCUCGUGGAGCUGCCGGGCGGUGACAAGGAGCUGAGAGGCUACAUCGACGCGGAUGAGGAUGAGCUGGCCAAGGACAAGGCUCAGAGGAAGCAGGAAGCGGCCGCAGGUAAACAGGAGGAAAAGAAGGUUGCCGAAGGGCAGGGCGAGGUGAAGAGUGAGAAGAGCGAAGAGAAGGAUGAGAAGCAACAGGAAAAGAGUGAGAAGGUUGAGGAGAAGAAGGGGGCGGAGGGAAGUCAGGAGGAAUUCUUCCAGAAGCAGGAGCUAUGA